AUGUUAAUGGAUGAUAAUACCAAAGAAUGUUUCAAAAAUUCAGAUAAUGUUACAACUUUUGAAGCUUGGAAAGAAGCUGAGCCUAUUGCCCAUUGCAGUUACAAUCCACCUGAAAAUAAAUCUUUAUAUACCGAGCCACCACCCGCUGCUUAUGAAUCGUAUUCGGAAGAUGACGAUGAUUCAGUAAAAGAUCCUCACUACAAGUCUAGUUCCUCCAGUAGGUCAUCUAGUUCUUCUAGCAGUUCUUCGAGCACUUCUACGUCAACUGCGAUAACGAAUAAUGUACAAGUAUUACCAACUAACGGUCAAGUGGAACUAGUUUCGAUCCAGACUUCUGCUGAAACAAAUAACGAAGAAAUACAAGAAGCAGUACAAAAUGAGAAUGAAUCAAUAAACCAAGAUGAAAUAGUCGAACAGAAUAUUUCCAUGAACGAAAUAGAAGAAAAUAGUAAUGUUAAGAAAAGUAGAAAGCGCGUUGCAAGAGUUGAAGAGUGA